AUGGAUCGGCGUGCUUCUCUCUCGACGCUUGACCGUGAGCCUUUGCCUACGGCCGCUCGAAUAGCGAGGCGAGGCUCCGAUGAAGAAGUGGCCCACCGGAGCAUCCGCACAGUCAGCGCUCACAGAACACGAUGUACCUCAGCAGUCAAGCAGAACACAAUUUCGGCAGUCGGCUCCACGUGCUUGCGUGCUUGUCAGAUCACUGCGCGUGCCGCAUGGCUGCCGGGCCAGCGCACGCAGAGACAUGCGUCUAGCAGGGUAUGGCGACGGAAAAGCGUGGAUCUACCGCGUACAGGCCGUCCAGAGUCCAGACUACUUACUACGUUCCUUUGCUUGGCCCUCGGGCGAAGCUGGGCGGCGCUGAUCUUGCUUCUGAACGACCAAAGCAGCUUCUCCCACUCCAAGCUUAAGGGGUGGACUCCUUCCGAAAGAAAAAAGGUUGCAUCUCCAAUCUUCCCUCCUCUAGAGAGAUCGCGCGUUUUGGGGAUGCGGGUAUUGCUGCAGCUGGCGUGCGUUGAAAGUCACAAGCGGGUGGGCGAACCGACAGGGAUGGUAUUGACAUGCCUCCUCGAGGCAGCCAGGCAGGUAACAUUCUACCGACGCUUUUCUGCUUUGCCUCCACUACUGUUAUUUCCACCGGAGUUCAUGCUCCCUCUGGAUAGAACUGCUACCACUGUGAUUGGCAAAGCCGCUGGUCGUGCUAGGGAUGCUAGUUGGGCAACGAUACAAUAUUCGUUCUUUCCCACAUGCUCUGCUAGAGACGCCGCGAUAUGUCAGCCUCGCAGCACGUUUGGCGCAGCCUUUGCAUACUCUGUCACCAGGCUCAGAACGUGCAGAGGAACAUGUCCUACAAUAAUUCAGCCUGUACUUUGCUGGAAAUUCAACCGCCUUCAACACGAUCACGUGGUGAGUGUUUUGACUUGGUCCACGAGAGUCAGCACUGACCAGCGGCAGGAAAAAUACUGCGAAGAAGCAUUGAAUCGACAACCAGUCGCCUUCUGCCGCUCAGCACACACUCCCACCUUCACGGACGUGGACGAGAGCGAUGGAGUCUGCCCGGAUCGAAACAAGGUGAGCAAGACGUGUAAGAUGAGAUUUUGGUUCGCUGACGGCGGAAAGCAUCCUCCUGCGCCAGGUGAAGCGUUCUUUUCUGUCUGGAGUGGCAUCACCACCACGAGCGGGGAGGGGAAUGACUGGUAUCGCCGACAGAAUCAAGGGCAGACAUCGGGAAAUUUUUAUGGUCCCAAGACACGCAAGCCGCUCGUUGGCGUCGUUGGAUACAACGCCGAUUGA